GGGUCCGGAGGUGGCGCUUGGGCCCCGGUGGAAAGUUGUCAACAGCGGCGAGGAGGAAGAGGCAGCUUGGAGGGGGAAAUCGUGCACCCUGGGCUUGUAGGGGGUGGAGGGCAUUGGAGAGCCCGCUGCCAACGAUCGACCCUCAGUUUGCAGAUGAUGUGACUUUGGAAGAAUGAACGCUUAAACAAAGGUUUCAACAGUGCUACCUGUUGCAAACCGAUCCCAUGGCAAGUCAUCCCAGCUGGGCGACUGCUGGCUGAUCGCUACAGGACGUUGGUUGCUUUCGCCCAGAGACGCGCCACACUUUCUUUGGAUUGUGAUGGCUUUGGACACUGAAAUAAGUGCCUCAUAGCUAAGGAGCCUCUCGCUCCCUCUACCUCCGGUGCAGGCUCGAUUAUUCUUCAUUUGGGUCGGGAGAGCGUAUUUUGGGGAAUUAAACGGAGGAAAAUGUGGGAGCUCAGGACCUGAAGGGGGCCCCAAGUCUGACGACCACCACGGCCUUCAUCUCUGUCCUCCUGCCAAGGGAGGAGGCUCUGCUCGGGGCAGCCAUGAUUGGCAAGAAGAGGAGCGGUUUCCAGAUCACUAGUGUGACCUCGGAUUAUGACGGCGGUGGUGGGGAGGAACUGAAAGAGGUGCCGGAUGGUGAAGCGGAGCCAGGGGGCUCUGUGGGGCCUCCCUUGGUGAACGGAGCACCAGGGCACCUGAGCAGCGGGCAUGUUCCUGCCCCAGGUAAGGCUGAGCUGGCUGGGUCUGGGAAGAACGGACCACCCGUUGAUCGGACUCCACUGCCGCCUGCAAAGGAGCAGCCAGUGGUUGAGGGCUCACCCCGCAGCUCAGAGACCGCCCGCGGGGCCCUCAUCUCUGACACUCCUCGGGCAACCGUCACCCAGGACCCUCGGAGGGCAGAGGGUGCAGGGUUCACGGAAGCCGUGACCCCUAGGACUGCCCGGGGUACCGGGUCGCCUCUGAGGACAUCCUCCGCCCCAGGCGCCUCACAGCAGCUGGCUUCCUCCUGUGGAUCCCGGUUCCGCGUGGUGAAGCUCGACCACAGCCUGGGGGAGCCAUACCGUCGUGGCCGUUGGACCUGCAUGGACUUGUAUGACAAGGACCUGGAUGGGCACCUACUGGCCAGAGCUUUGGACGGCACCAGGCAUGUCAACUCCCUGGACUCUCACCUGGAGAUCACUAGCUUUGCCCAUAAGGCCGUUAGCCAACUCCGGCCCAAGCCGCAUGCCCCCAAGAGCCAGGGGUCCUCGCCAGUGCCGAGCCAGGGAGAGGGACCGAGGGGCAGGAUCGUUCCUGUGGCUUCCGGCCACACCCUGAAUGUGCUCCUCCAGGCAGCUGAGACUCUGAACCUGGGUGAGAUGGCUCGAGUCGAGAGACAGUCUGGACAGCUUCCCUCAGCCAGCCCGCCCCGGCUCCCUGUCCACAGCGCAGUCGCCAGCGCCCCUGUUUCCAAGGUGGUCACGGCGGCAGUCAAGGGUGAUGGCGGCCCCCCCACCGCUGCGGCCAAGGACCAGCAGAAGCCCAGCACAACACCGCACCUUCAGGGAGUCAGGGGUGGGUCCGCGGAGCAGACUGCUUCCAACCCGAUGUCACCAAAUGUGAGCCAGCCCUCCUCGGGAGAACACGGAGCAAUAAGGAAGUUUUCUGAGUCUCGAUCCACACCUGCCUCGCCAGUCCUGACUCAGGACGCCAGUGCUUUCAGGAAGACUCGUGUCUCUGAGGUCAAUGGCGCCAGCUCACUCCGCUUCAUCUCGCCCAUGCAGACCCUUGCCAGGUCAAUGCUGUCGGUUGGGUCACACCAGGAAAGCGAUGAUGACAGUGGUUCCAGCAGCAGCAUGGUUGCCAUUGACAACAAGAUCGAACAAGCCAUGGACCUGGUGAAGAGCCACCUGAUGUACGCCGUCCGCGAAGAGGUGGAGGUGCUGAAGGAGCAGAUCAAGGAGCUGAUGGAGCGGAACUCCCUGCUGGAGCGGGAGAAUACCCUGCUGAAGUCCCUGGCCAACCCGGAGCAGCUCUCCCAGCUCCAAGCCCAGAUGCGGACUGUGGGAAGCAGCGGCGGCUCCUCUGGUUCGUCACCUGCCAGCACGUCCACUGCUUGAGGAGCCCGUCACGGGGGAAAUGAUCUGGUGGGCAGAGAAAAGGAGUUGGGGGGGGGAGGUCCUCCUCCUUUUAAAACACUACGCGACAUCGCAAACUAAACCGCCAGCGCUUUCUGGUACCUACACUCCAGUGCCAAGGCCACCAACUCCAAGCUUAAACAGACUGAUCUACAUGAUGCUGCUAACCUGGCAUUCGCUGCCUUUUUUAAUAAGACUUGAGGGGAAGGUUGGGGGGGGGGGCGGGAGAGAGAGAGGAAGCAAUCUUGCUUUUGGGACUAUUGUCCUAGGAAGGGAGGUGGACUCGAGGGUAUUCUUUACCCCAACCAUGUGCGCUGGGUGAGGACUGAGAGAGCAGUCACGUGCAAGAAAAUGAAGAGCAGAGUUUCCCACUCUUCAGAUCCACACAGUGCAAGGGCACAUUAGUCCUUCCCCUUUCACCAUCCCAUCCCUAGCCUGAUUCUGUUGUGCAAGACUCUUCUGGGUUAGGGUGGGCGGACAAAGGUGUAGCUUCUCCACAGCGAGCUUAUUUUCAAAAAAGAUGGUAGAUAAUACCUUACUUUACCUCGCAAGCCAGCACCAACUGAUUAUCUCUUUAUUAUCACCAUAACUAGAUACAGCUCUGUCUUUUUUAUAUGUUAUUGUGAUUGGAGUAAAUGGAAAGAUGCUUUUGCCUUCGGACAGCUCUUGUGCCUUUGCUCAGCUCCUCCGCACCCCGCCACCCCGCGCCCCAUUGGAGAGGCAUGGGUUUAAGCUGGAAACUGAGGAAUGGUGAUUGCUGCCUGGAGGUGUUAAGCCUGCCACAGCAGUGUGCACGUGCGAGAGUGACUGAGAUAUGACCCACGCUAGGUUGCACUUCUCUCCCCAUCACUAAGAGCUUAAUAUCGAAGGGAUCCCCACUUGCCCUCCAGGGUACACUAGAAAAGUGUUGCCUCACACACUUGCUAAUAAUGUAUUUAAAUUCCCAUCCAGUCAGACUCCCUGUGCAAAUGUUGAAACUGUUGGAACACAUCUGCUGCAUUUGAAAUGGGUGAAGAAUAUUUUGGCCUGAACAAUAUGCCUCUUGGAGGGUGGUGAUCAGAGGAGGAAGGUGGGUAUGUCCAACAGUCACAUCCUGACUUGCCUUCAGCUUGACAGGCAACAGAAGAGAAACUUGGAGGAGUUUUAAAAGUGGGAGGACGAAAAGGACAGAGCAUUGAGGGUCUGUAGUAGUGGGCACUAAGUUGACCUACUUACUGCCCGUUGUGCCGCUUACGUUUUGGGCAGCAAUGAAGGUCCUCCAUCUCUGGCAGUGUUCAGGGCUUUCUUCAUCGUGUCAGUAGCUCAGUUUUCACUACUGUCAGUCGUGCAAGUCCCGGGCAGAGACUCGGGAAUACCGUCACACUCAGAUGGAAAAGGAUUCUUCAUUGCUGUUUCCAUAACAAUUUUGUUUUACCAGUCAGAGUUGUUAGCCCUGAGCUGAACCCCUGAACCUGGAGGACUGGUGGACCACCCUUAGUCUGGCCUCUACCUUUUGUCCUGUUUGGCAUGGUGACCUUACCAAGAGUCAAGGCAUAAAGCCCUGACUCCAGCCAACACAGCUCUUCAGGUCACUGAGGCACACAAGCCUCCAAACCAAACAACAACGUUGUGGUCCUCUUGGAGGACUAAGUGGACAGCAAGGUUAAAAGGGUUCACAGGCAUGCAGCCUAGAUGUGAGAAGGCUUAAGCAUCUUCCCUAGUCCAUUUUUAUCUAGUUUGGUUAUGUAAGCUGUGCAAUCCAAUACACAGAGCCACAGUACAUCAGGCUAUGAUGUCACGUUUGAUAUUCUUUUGAUUGCUUGGUGAGUAUCACUGGUUUGAUUUAGCACAAGUGAAACUUGCAGGAAUUUGUAAUGUUUUCAAAUGGUGCAAUAAUGAUUUAGAGAGAAUGAAAGCUGCUUUAUUUCUACUCCAGGAUUAAAAGUUAAAACCCUCUCUCAUUUUAAGUUUGCCUGUUCUAGUCGGUGGUUGUUGAGCUAGAACCAGGCAGGAAAAUAUAGUCCAGUCUGGGUAGUAGGUUGGGUCCAUGCUCUGGUCAAUCAGUCAGUCAGGAACAUGUUCCUACUUCACAGAGAUCUGUCCAGCCCCGAGGCCACAUCUCGAAGCACAGUAAAAAGUUUUACAUAGGUUGCAAGGAUCACCGAAGAAUGAUGGUCACUUCCUUUUGUUCUUGCACAGGGUUUAACAGUCUUGUCAUUCUUCACAUGUACCUCCCUCUUAGAUCAUUGUGUUCUCCUGCAGUCACAUGCCAUAUCCUGCCAUGCAUAAGCUAUUGGUUAACUUGUUUGCUGCCUCUGUAACCGGGGAGGAUGAUGGGGGAGGGGGGAGAUGGACUAGAAGUUGUGAUUGUCCCUGGCCUAGAGAGAGCAGGGAACAUUUCCUGCUCUCAAAGUUCAAAGUUAGUUUUAUCAUCAAAGUACACAUAUGUCACCACAUACAACCCUGAGAUUCAUUUUCCUGUGGGCAUACUCAGCAAAUCUGUAGAAUAGUAAUUGUAACAGGAUCAGUGAAAGAUCAACCAGAGUGCAGAAGACAACAAACUGUGCAAAUGCAAAUAUAAAUAAACACCAAUAAAUCAUGAGAACAUGAGAUAAUCAGCUAAAAUCCUUAAAGUAAGAUCAUUGAUUGUGGGAACAUCUCAAUGGACGGGCAGGUGAGUGUAGUUAUCCCCUUUUGUUCAAGAGCCUGAUGGCUGAGGGGUAGUAACUGUUUUUGAACCUGGUGGUGUGAGUCCUGAGGCUCUUGUACCUUCUACCCGAUGGCAGCAGUGAGAAGAGAGCACGUCCUGGGUAGUGUGGUUCUUUGAUGAUGGAUGCUGUUUUCCUGCGACAGCAUUUCAUGUAGAUGUGCUCAAUGAUUGCAAGGCUGCCCUUGAAGCUGUCACUUUCUGGACUCUUAACACUGCAUAGACAAAAAAACAAACUAUCAAUUGGGUGCAAUUUCCAUUGUGGGAACAGUGGGCAGGUGGGAGCUGUGAAUUAGCCUGGGAGAGCCAGGUACAUAGAAGAAGGUAGAUAGCAAGAUGAUAAUGGGGGCGGCACAGUAGCAUAGUGGUUAGCACAACGCUUUACAGUACAGGUGACCCAGGUUCAAUUCCCGCAGCUGCCUGCAAGGAGUUUGUACGUUCUUGCCGUGACUGUGUGGGUUUCCUCUGGGUGCUCCGGUUUCUUCCCACAGUCGUACUGGUUGGUAGGUUAAUUGGCUAUUGUAAAUUGUGCUGUGAUUAGGCUAGGAUUAAAUUGGUGGUUGCUGGGCAAGUGUUCCUGUUCCGUAUCUCAAUAAAACUAAAAAUUAUCACUCCCAAGCUGGUGGGUGUAAAUAAAACAUCUCAAAUGUCCCAGCUGCUUGGGAAAAGGUUUAGGAACUUUUGUCAGUGUAGUAUCUCAAAUAGUCCUUGGCUCCCCACAAAAGAGAAGAAUAGGUUACAGUAUUAAUCAGCUGGAUGGCCCUCACACUCCCUGUGCUUCUGUGGCCUGUGACGUUCUGGUUGUGGUGCCAGAGUAAUAGUGCUGCACGCGGUCCGGUCGGUGGGGGAGAGGUUGGGUGGGUGUGUAGCCUGAGCAGAUGUCUCUGCUUCCUCUCUCAAUAUGCCAUUCAGGGAGCUGUGUUUUUUACCAGAGCAAUAAUUGCUUGCCUUACCCCACAGUAUACGUAUAAUUUAUACAGAGCCGGGGUCGAAAGCUGCAGGAGCCUUUGUUAAAGUACCCUCCCUCACUCCCCUCUUCCCCCUAUGUGAGGGGCAGGGGUGUUGUGGUGGAGGGUGAAGAGACUGCUACCUCGCUACUCUGUGAUUUCUGGGUUUAAUCUAGCCAAAUGAUGAUUGUUCUGUCUAAACCAUUUUAUUUGCUCAACAUACUUGUAAUUUUUUUUAUUAUUACUUCAACAAAAAACAAAACUUGUAAUUAAAACAGGAAAAAAAGCACAAAGCAAGGAGCUGGUGUGGAGU